CUUGACAGAGAUUUGAUAGUCAAUCAAGUGGCCAUGUCGGAAGAAGAAAGAGACAGAAUCAUCCAGGAGCACGAGAGAAACCUUGCUGAACUAGAAAGCAGUCUCACUUUGAACAAGCUACGCCAACGGCAGAUGCUGGAAGACAAACUGGCAGAGCGAAGGAAAAGAAGAAUGCAGCAGUUAGAACAGAAGCAAAUGAACGAAACGAAGGUAUUGGCCGAUACGCUUGGAGCGUUGACUUCGUAGCUGGCUUAUGACAUUUAUA